AAAUCGACCUGCCUCUAGCAACUUCCCCUGAAAAAUUGUUGGCAACACCGCUCUCCUCGCCUCUUUCUCAAAACCCAUUGGAUGAGAAAAACAGCUGGUCCAGACCUUCUGACCUUCUCCUCCAAUGGGUUUUGAGAAGGAGGAGAGAGGACGCGAGGAGAAACAAUUGAGAUUCUCCCACAGUUUGGUAUGAGGAGGAAAUCUUUGGGCGCAUUUUUUUUUGGUCAGCACGGUCAUCUAGCUAGCUACAGUCAUACAAUAAACGAUGGCAACGUUUUUCGGAGAGGUUUUAUCUGUUUACUCGCGUGCAGUCGAAGAAGACGACGAUGAUCUGGAUGAUGAAAACGAAGAUGAGCAAAUUCACAGAGAGAUAGAAGAAAAGAGGGAGGUCCAUAUUGCGUGGUGCCCUGAAGUCGCACAAUCACUUGAGGACUCUGGCAGCAACAAAUUGCAAUGCUCAGACCUCAUCAUUGCCGUGGGCACUAAUGCUGCAGGAUUUCUGUCUGCAUAUGUGUUGAACACUGAAAGCUGGGAUGCAGUGGGCCAUGUGUCACUAUGGAAUGAGAGGAGUAGGGGCUCCAGUAGACAGAGCAUUGCCCUACUGCCUGGAGAGCCAGCCUGUCUCUUCUACCGACACAGGGACAACCCAGCAGUCCUGGUCUGCCAAAGCACUUGUUACAUUGCGGAGGACCAACUGUUUCAAUGGACAGAAAAGGUGUUUGGCUGCCUCCAGAAGAGAGGGCUCAGUGUGAUGGUGCUGUCGGACAGCCCUGUGGCUGAGUACAAAACGCCAGACUACCUCUACGGUAGCGCUGUCCCUUUCCUACGCUCCCUCAAGAGCAGUGCCUCCGAGAGCCAGGCCCUCUGCCCUGCACUAGAGCAGCCAAACAUCCUCACUGGACUGCCAGCUGCAGUACUGAGCCACUGCCAAGUUCAUCAGAUUCCAGCUGUUCUGUACCAAUGCUACACUGAUGUCAUCAGCCCAGACUCUAUCACCAUGGAAACCUACAAACCUGCCCUGUUGUGUCUAAGCAAGUUGGUCAAGGGCCAGCCUUGCUGCCCUGUUCUGAACCCAAGGUAGAAGCCACCGGAGAGGGAGACAGAACAGAGGAAGAAGACGCAGGAACCUCCGGAGCCGAUCUUGAAUGGGAAGCUCCCAAGGAAGAAGGCGCUGGAACUUCUGGAUCUAGGGCGGCAAAGCUGUUUCUGGUCUGUAUCAGGUCCGGGCUCAACAUCUCCAAGGAGACCCUGGUUGCAAAAAAGCACAUAAAGAAUGAGCAUGAGAAACAAGAUUCUCUGGUCUGAUACCUCUUUGGCCUGAAUGCCAUGCGUCUCGUCUGGAGGAAACCUGGCACCAUCCCUACGGUGAAGCAUUGUGGUGGCAGCAUCAAGCUGUGGUUAUGUUUUUCAGUGGCAGGGACAUGAAGACUAGUCAGGAUUGAGGAAAAGAUGUACAGAGAUCCUUAAUGAACCUGCUCCAGAGCACUCAGACUAGGGCAAAUGUUGGCCUUCCAACAGGACAACGCAGGAGUGGCUUUGGGACAAGUCUCAACGUCCUUGACUGACCCAGCAAAGCCCAGACUUUAACCUGAACGAACAUCUCUGGAGUGACCUGAAAAUAGCUGUGCAUCAAUGCUCCCCAUCCAACCUGACAGAGCUUGAGAGGAUCUGCAGAGAAGAAUGGGAGAAGCACUCCAAAUAUAGGUGUGCCAAGCUUGUAGCGUCACACUUAAGAAGACUUGUCUGUAAUCGCUGCCAAAGGUGCUUUAACAAAUCACUGAGUAAAGGGUUUGAACUCUUACGUAAAUGUGAGAUUUCAGUUUUUUUUUUUAAAUACAUUUGCAAAAAUGUCAGUUUUUUUUUGUUGUCAUUAUGGGGUAUUGUGUUUAGAUUGAGGGGGGGGGGAUAUUUUAUCAAUUUUAGAAUAAGGCUGUAACAUAUAUAUAUAUAUAUAUAUAUAUAUAUAUAUAUAUAUAUAUAUAUAUAUAUAUAUUUUUUAAGUCUGAGUACUUUCCGAAUGCACUGUAUGUCAUGUUUCUUUCUUACUGAGUUGUCUAUAGAUGUUUAUGGUGUUGAGUACUGCAGAAAAUAUGGAGAGAUUGGGGUUUACACAAGAAACCACAUUACAUCACUGAUGACCCUGUCAGUAUAAUUUGGAAUUCCCGAGAUGACAUCUUUAAAACGUAUAUUCAGUAAUGAACAAUGAUUGAAAAUUAUACUACGAAUGUAGUCUAUUCUGCUGUUAAACAUCACUUUCCAGUUACAUACAGUGCCGUCAGAAAGUAUUCACAUCCCUUGACUUUUUCCAAAUUUUGUUGUGUUACAGCCUGAAUUUAAAAUUUAAUAAAUAUAGAUUUUUCUUUCACUGGCCUACGCACAGUACCCCAUAAUGUCAAAUUGGAAUUAUGUUUUUUGAAAGAUUUACAAAUUAAUUCAAAAUGAAAAGUUGAAAUGUUUUGAGUUAAUAAGUAUUCAACCUUUUUUGUUAUGGCAAGCCUAAAGUACAGAAGUAAAAAUGUGCUUAACAAGUUACAUGGACUCAUUCUGUGCGCAAUAAUAUUUUUUAUUUUUAUUUUUUAUGACUACCUCAUCUCUGUUCCGCACACAUACAAUGAUCUGUAAGGUCCCUCAGUCGAGCAGUGAAUUUCAAACACAGAUUCAACCACAAAGCCAGGGAGGUUUUCCAAUGCCUCGCGAAGAAGGGCACCUAUUGGUUGGUGAAAAAAACAACACACCCAGUCACUACAAAGAUACAGGCUUCCUUCCUAACUCAGUUGCUGGAGAGGAAGGAAACCGCUCGGGGAUGUCACCAUGGGACCAAUAGUGACUUUUAAAACAGUUUAAUGGCUGUGAUAGGGGAAAACUGAGGAUGGAUCAGUAACUUUGUAGUUACUCCACAAUACUAACCUAAUUGACAGUGAAAAGAAGCCUGUACAGAAUAAAAAUAUUUUAAGAUGCAUCCUGUUUGCAAUAAGGCACAAGUUAAACUGAAAAAAAAUUGGCAAAGUAAUUAACUUUUUGUCCUGAAUACAAAGUGCUAUGUUUGGGGCAAAUCCAAAACAACAUAUUACUGAGUACCACUCUCCAUAUUUUCAAGCAGAGUGGUGGCUUCAUCAUGUAAUGGGUAUGGUUGUAAUCAUUAAGGACUUGGGAGUUUUUUAGGAUAAAGGUAAAUGGAAUGGAGGCAAAAUCUUAGAGGAAAACCUGGUUCAAUAUGCUUUCCACCAGACACAGGGAGAUUAAUUGACCUUUCAGCAGGACAAUAACCUAAAACAGUGAAUGUUCCUGAGUGGCCUAGUCAGAGUUUUGAAUCUGCUUGAAAAUCUGUCAAGACUUAAAUGUUUUUCUAUUUAUGAUCAACAACCAACUUGACAGAGUUUGAGUUAUUUUGAAAAGAAUAAUGGGCAAAUAUUGUACAAUCCCAGUAUGGAAAGCUCUUCGAGACUUACCCAGAAAGACUCACAGCUGUAUUUGCUGCCAAAGGCCAUUCUAACUUGUAUUGACUCAGGGAUGUGAACUCUUAUCUAAAUGAGAUAUCUCUGUUUUCAAUACAUUUGCAAAAAUUUCUGAAAACAUGUUUUCAUUUUGUUGUUAUGGGAUAUUGUGUGUAGUGAAUGAGUAAUGAAUUCAGGCUGUAACAACAAAAUGUGUAAUAAGUUAAGGGGUAUAAAUACUUUCUGGCACUGUAGUUGCCUAAAGUACUCUAUGUCCAUAGAUUAGACUGUAAUGAUUAAAUGAUUCGAGGUAUUAUCAAAGUUUCCAAAGCAUCACAAUUCUUGGGAAGAGCGGAAGGUUUGGAAUGUUAGAUGGGGCACUGAUUCUGAUGUCACUUACACUGCAGUGUUAAUCAUGAAUAGAAGUAUGAAAUUGCAGCUAAUUGUCAGACUACUAUCCUACCUACCAUUAGGGAGCAGGGAGUUGCACUGAGUCAUCGGUCGUGUUUGUGUGAGAGAGCGAUACAGAGUGUGAAUGUGCUGAUAGGAUGCAUCAUGCCACCCUGUUGGUUGCUUCACAAGGGCACUGGAUACAAUACGGGCUGAAGUCUGCGGGCAUUUCCCUUGACAGAUUCAAAGGUAUUUCCUGACGUGUCACUACUAAGUGGGAAGAAAAAUGUAAAAGUAUGUUAAAGAAACAAUUUUGGGCAUUUCUUCUUUCAUUGGCAUGUCAAAUGAUUAUUAUUAUUUUUUUUGUAAUGUGUUAAUCAUAACAAUCUAUCCUUUCAUUCAUAUUGUCCACCCUAAAAUCAAUACAUUCAGUUUGUUUCAUGCUACACACUUCAUUGAGUAAAAACUUAAUGAUAAUGUUGAGAUGGAGCAGGAGUUUUUACAACUAAGCAUCCAUCUGAAUGAAGCCCUGCAUAUUCUGCUGAAGAUGUAACUGAGCUGGACCCUUGCUAGCUUGUUGCUAUAGGGAAGCUUGGUGUGAUUAUCAUAGCCCACACUAACAGAGAGUCAACUCAAAUGCCUGCGUUAACUAAAGCGUCCACCAUGUUCCCUCUGUAAGUACAGGGGAAAUCCCUGGUGUAAUGCAAUACAUCCCGUUAUGCAUGCACGCACGCACACACACACACACACAUCAGCCUCCUGCCUCUUACCAGCCAGCCUUACAUGGUAAUCACUUUGUGUCUGUACUGGUGCUAUUUUUUAAAUAAAGGAGGAAUUACAGAUUUGAUACAAACAGGCUGUCUUGAGUUCACGUGUGAACUGUGAUGAUUCGAUGACAUUCAUUACACUGUUCUGAUUAAGUGAAUGAUAUUUACAAUUUCUAUGUUACUUGUUUUUAAUGUCUGUACUGAUCUCGUUAUGCCAGUCCCCAGCAUAAUCUGUUGUUAAAAGGUUAUCUGAUUUGACCCCUAAGAGUUUCAUAUGCCUUUCCUUUCAAGGUUAGGAUGUGAUGACGUAGACCGCUUUAAAAAGCGUUCAAUAAAAGCCUGAUUUUGUUUGAGGACAGUUGAUGUUCCAGGUGAGCAUCUGUUUUACUGUUCCUCUGGGUCGUAUACAAGCUGAUAGACUAUCAAUGUUUGAUGUCAUAAAACUAUAAAGGUGUGGCAGUGUCUAUGUUGACACAAGUACAGACUACACUGAGUCACUCACACAUUAACAGACCCCCCCACCCUACAGGUCAAACAUUAGCUGUUGUGUCCUUGCUGAAUGAGACUGUGAUGACUUGGUUCCUUUCAUAUCUAUAUUGCUAUAUGACGUCAAAAUAUGCGCCUCCUUUUGUGCUGCGGUUUCACUUUGAAUCAUUGAUGGUAUGCUGCCGCCAUGCGUCAUAUAAGCUUCCCUGUAAACCACAAUGUACAAAACGUUCAGUUCAAUGUGCACACUCAGCACAGCUUCCAACACAAAGAGAGAAGUAGAGAGAAUGUGUACUUUUUUUCUUGGAGGGCACACAUGAAUCAGAGCUUUGAGAUUUGGCUUGAGCUGUGUUCAAGGGAAUCUUGUCUAGGUAUUUCUCCAAAUGUUUCAUUUAAUCUGAAAUGUGCACAUCUCUACUUCCGGGUGAGUCAACUGGCCCCAGCAGCACAAUGUUCAUCAAGCAAAUGUUUGUUAUAUCCUGCUCUGUAUAUUACAGAAAACUCAUAAGAACACAGUUAUUUCUUAAUGGGACAAGGGCUUACCGGUUGUAAUGCAAUAAUGGGGUGGCUUAAUCCAUCAUACAGUAGCUAUUUCAUACAGUAGCCAUCUUUAUGGUGAGGUUGUUGAUGUUGCGAAUGGUGAUGUUGAUAAUGUUGCGAAUAAGUGGGAGUCGUUGAAAUUUGGCAAUGCCAACAAGUGCAAGUGAGAACAUUUUGAAAUGGUGAAGCAAUCAGAAGAUGACACGUGCACUACCCGGGUGUUUCAUGCUGAUAGUGGUACAUUAUGUGUGCGAUGCUCUGUAUCAUCACUGUUACUGUGUCUCACUACAUGGGAACCACAGCAAACUUUUGAAAAGAUGCGUAAUUCUUAAACAUGACACAUUUUUCACCUUGUUGUUUUUGCUGUGUUUUACAGAUGGAUACUAUGAAAUGCUCAAGCUGUCAAAAUGACUUGAUGUAAUAAAUUAAAUAUGGAGUCGACAAAUCUGUUCAAA